GAAAACUCAUUAGAGUCAAAUAAUUUUUUUUUCCAAUGGAGGUUGUGGUAAAUUUGGUUAAGAAAAAUCCAAUAAAUUCUAAUUACACUUACGUUUGAAACAUUUUUUAUAAUAAAAAAAUUGUAAUAUUUGCAAAAUUUAAAAGACUCGCCAUAAAAGGAAAGUGAAGAGAGCGAUUCCUUUUAAAAGCGUGGGAAUCUUCAAUCGCUCCAGGAGGGAACCGAAGUAAUCAGUUUAUGUUAAUUCGAAAAUUCACGAAAUUUUUAGUAACACAGGCAUCUUUGGAACAUUGUGUAAAAUUUACACGUUUCUAUACGCAUUUAGCACCAACAACAUCAGUAUCGAAAAGAUCCUGUAAAUUUCUUAGGCAGAGCGUGGUAACACAUUGCUCAACACCCUCGCGGUCUGAAAUCUUUAGAAAUCGCUUUUCAACAAUAAACAUGGUAAAUACCGAAUCAUCUGUGACAUACCUGGAAAUUCCCGAUAAGUCGGAAAGCGACAAAAAACAUUACAAAGCACUGUUACUAAGCAAUGGUAUUCGUGCAUUGCUCGUGUCAGACCCAACACCGGUACCACAUUGCGGGCUAACAUCUUCAUCGUCAUCUUCCUCUUAUGAUUCCACUGGAGAUUCAUGUGCCGAAGAGAGCAGCAGUACCAGCAGCGAAGAUGAAGAGUCGAUGAGUACGUCUACAACAGACAAUGGGGAAAGUGAUUCAGAUUUAGAAUCAGAAGAAGGUGAUGAAAAGUUAGCAGCCUGUGCGUUGCUGGUGGAUGUUGGAUCGUUUACAGAACCAUUAGAAUAUCAAGGGCUGGCGCAUUUCCUGGAACAUAUGAUUUUUAUGGGUUCAGAAAAAUACCCAGCGGAAAAUGCAUUCGAUGCACAUAUAAAAAAAUGUGGUGGUUUCGACAAUGCUCACACUGAAUUCGAAGAAACAUGCUUUUAUUUUGAAGUAUCUGAAGAGCAUUUAGACAGCAGCAUGGACUACUUCUCGGCCUUACUGAAAGCGCCGUUGAUGAAAAAAGAAGCGAUGACGCGGGAACGCGAUUCUGUUGAAUCGGAGUUUCAACAGAUUGUACUCGACGAUGAAGUCCGGCGCGACCAGCUUGUAGCUGCCUACGCCACUCCAGGUUAUCCUCAUGCCACCUUUCCGUGGGGAAACCUCAAGACUCUUAAGGAUGGUAUAAGUGACGACGAGCUACACGAAAAGCUGCACGAAUUUCAAAAACGUCACUACAGCGCACAUCGUAUGUGUGUUUGUGUGCAGGCUCGGCUUCCCAUUGACGAACUAGAGCAAAUGGUUGUGAAACACUUCUCAGGCAUUCCUAGCAACGAUCUUCCGGGUAUCGAUCUGUCGCCGUAUAAUUACCGUGGUGCUUUCCGGAAUGAAUUUUUCGAAGAAGUGUUUUUUGUUAAGCCUGUGGAAAAUAUAUGCAAGUUGGAGCUCACAUGGAUACUGCCAUCAAUGAUAAAGAUGUACAAAACGAAACCAGAUCAAUUUAUAUCACAUUUGGUAGGAUACGAAGGAGAGGGUAGUCUUUGCGCCUAUUUGAGAAAGCGCUUAUGGGCAUUGGAACUCACUGCGGGCAUAGAUGAGAGUGGUUUUGAAUCAAAUUCUAUCUACUCCUCGUUUGUUAUCGGUAUAUAUUUGACUGAUCGUGGGUUCCAGCAUCUUGAUGAGGUACUUGCCGCGUGUUUUGCCUUCAUAAAAUUGUUUGCUGAUUGCGGUCCGUUUAAAGAUGCAUUUAUCGAGUUACAAAAAAUUGAGGCGACUAACUUCCGAUUUGAAUCUCAGCGGCCGGCCUUGGACAAUGUCGAAAAGUUGGCUGUAAAACUAAAAUAUUAUCCGCCAAAAGAUAUACUGACUGGCACUGAGUUAUAUUACGACUAUAAUGAAGAUCAUAUACAAGAUGUUGUCAAGCAUUUAAACGAGUUUAGAUUCAACAUAAUGAUCACCUCGCAACACAAAUAUGAAGGAAUAAUAUAUGACAGAAAGGAAAAAUGGUUCGGCACUGAAUACACAACUAUUAAAAUGCCAGAAAAGUGGCGUAACCUUUGGGAGAAAUCAGAGCCAAUUCCAGAGUUAUUCUUACCGAAGCCAAAUCGGUUUAUUUCAAAUGACUUCCGUUUGCUCUGGGAAGAAAAUGGCAAACCAGAAAUUCCUACUGCACCGAAGAAGAUACUCCAAUCGGAUAUCUGCGAAUUAUGGUUUAGACAGGACGACAAGUUUCUACUGCCCGAGGCGUACAUGUACUUUUAUUUCAUAUCGCCACUAUUACGUGUGGAUCCCAAAAACGAUGCCUUGUGUGCGCUCUAUGAGAGAUUGAUCAAAUUUCGGCUAAGUGAAGAAUUGUACCCAGCGUCGGUGGCAGGCCUGUCAUAUCAGUUUUACACUGCCGAGAAAGGAAUAAUAUUGAAGGUGAAUGGCUACAAUGAAAAACUACAUUUGCUGGUGGGCAUCAUAACAAAAGCUAUGGUGUCAAUGCGUGAUCAUAUCACGGCGGAUCAGUUCAAUAUAUUUAAAACGGAUCAAAAGAAAGCCUACUUCAAUUCGCUCAUCAAACCGCGCACGCUAAAUAAGGACAUCCGUCUAAGCAUUGUUGAGCAUAUUCGCUGGCCAAUGAUAACUAAAUAUAAAUGUUUAGAUAGCCUUAUACUGAAUGAUGUGUUAAAUUUCUCCGACGCAUACACUAGUGAACUCUACUUGCAGGCUCUGAUGCAGGGAAAUUUGACCGAGGAGUCGGCACAUAACGUCAUGAAUUCAGUGCUUACUACGCUUAACUGUCGGAACAUUAAGGAGACUAAAUACAUCGAGAAUCGUACCGUCCAGCUGCCUCAAGGUUCUCACUUUAUUCGCUGCCGCACUCUUAAUGAGAAGGAUGUAAAUACUGUUAUUUGCAAUUUCUACCAAAUCGGUCCGUGUUCACUUCGGGUCGAAAGCAUUUUAGAUCUGUUGAUGAUGUUUGUCGAGGAGCCAUUAUUCGAUACACUGCGUACGAAGGAACAGCUUGGGUACUAUGUAUCUGCUUCGGUGCGAAUGAACUACGGCAUAAUUGGCUAUUCCAUUGCGGUGAAUUCGCAGGAAACGAAGUUCAGCGCGUCACACGUUGAUGAGCGGAUUGAAGUGUUCCGCGGCAAAAUGCUGCAAAUACUGGAAGAGAUGACGCCGGAGGAUUUCGAUCAUGUCCGGGAAUCAUUAAUCAAAAUCAAGCAGGUUGUUGAUGUAUCCCUCGCUGAGGAAGUGGCCCACAAUUGGGAGGAAAUAACCUCAGAGGAAUACGUUUUCGAUCGGAGACGACGUGAGGUAGAGGUACUGCGUGCGCUGACCAAGCAGGACGUAAUCGAUUUUUGUUUGAGCAACGAGCGCACCAAUCUACGCAAAUUAUCUGUGCAGGUUAUUGGCAAUAAGGAUGCGGUGCGCGUUAAACGCUCACCAGUACUUGGCGAGGAGAACUCCAAUGACGAUAGCGGCGACAGCAGUGGGGAAGAAUCAGAAGUCGAUGAUGAAGAGCUAUUCAACGCAUUGGCGAACAAAUUGGAUGUGCGAUUCAUACCGAAAGACGGCGACGCUACGACAAUUAUAGACAUUAAAGAUUUCAAGGAAAAUUUGCAUGUUUAUCCGAUCACGAAAACCAAAUUGGAAAAUGGCACAGAGCGCACCCCAAUGGAGAUAAUAGAGGAAUGUUGAAAAUUGGCAUUGAUAUUGAUCAGACCGGAUAUAUUGACGGACUUAUGACACACAUAGUUUAAAAGAAAUGCUGUGCCAUUGAUUCGCGGUUACUAAUUUUAUUCGCUAUCGUUUAGAAAAAAAUUUAAGAAAUUUCAAUUCAAUAAAUAAAAACUUGGAAUUUUAUGCGCAUAA